AUGCCGGCCUCGAGCAGCAACGGGGCUGAAACCCGAGCCCGUGACGGGGACGGAAGUACUGCGACGGCGACACCCUCGGGCAGCAGAAGCGACCCCAAUCCUUUCUGGCCGAUUCAGAUCGCACAUGCAGAGGCCGGUAGCAACAUUAUAGCUUCUACCCCGACCCCGUAUAGCGACGCCUCCCAACCCCUACCGGACUCCCAAGGAAGUAGACUCAUACCGAAAGACCAGCGACAGACAUUCCUCGAUGCUCUCGGAAAAGCAGCCCACAACGUGACAUUGGAUGCAUCGGAGAUGGUCAACCACGACGCGGUGAAGGUCAAUCACUUCAUGGGCAUCAUUAAGCCGCAUUCAGGCUAUGACAUGGAGUAUGGAUGGCCUUGUUGGCUGGUGCUGGUUUCAGGCCUGCCAUCGCCUAGACUAUACCCGAAUGCCAGAGAUGAAUUCACCGAAGGGUUGAUCGACGAAACAAAGGCGGAGUUGAGCCUGAUCGACUGCGACCAGGCGCCAGAGCGCUUCUUUAGGGCUAUCAAAUUUGGAGAUCAACUUGAUCGGACGGGCAACAAUUAUAACUUUGACUAUCUCGGCUUGCUCAAGCUGCCACAUGGACAACUCGAUCUAUUGACACCAGCGCAGGCAGACGCUUCGCAACAGUAA